GGGCCGGGCUGUGCAAGCGGAGGGGCGCGCGGAGACCCAGCCCCGCCCGAGGCCGCUAGCACGGCGGCCCCGCCCCCGGCUCCGCCCCGCCGGCUUCGCGGGCUGGAGAGCGAGGGAGCCGCGGGCGAGGGAUCGCAGGAUGAGCGAUCGGGGCCCGGGCAGCCGGCAGCGGACGCGCCCCCAGAGCCCACCGGCCCGCGCCCCGCGCGCCCCACGGCCCCGCGGCCCCGGCCCCGGCCGCGCCGCCCGCGUCCCCCAAGGCCUGCGGGCCAUGCCCGGCCGGCCCUAAACGCGGACCGGGGGGCGUCCCCUUGCGCCCGGGCCCCGCGCUGGCGCCCCCCGGGCCGUCGCCCGGCGCGGGGGCCAUGGCGUUCACCUUCGCCGCGUUCUGCUACAUGCUCACCCUGGUGCUGUGCGCCUCCCUCAUCUUCUUUGUCAUCUGGCACAUCAUAGCCUUUGACGAGCUGCGGACCGACUUCAAGAACCCCAUCGAUCAGGGGAAUCCAGCGCGGGCACGCGAGCGUUUAAAAAACAUCGAACGCAUCUGCUGCCUCCUGAGGAAGCUGGUGGUCCCAGAAUACUCCAUCCACGGCCUCUUCUGUCUGAUGUUUCUGUGUGCAGCAGAGUGGGUGACCCUGGGCCUCAACAUCCCCCUCCUCUUCUACCACCUCUGGAGGUACUUCCAUCGUCCUGCGGAUGGCUCCGAGGUCAUGUAUGAUGCGGUCUCCAUCAUGAAUGCUGACAUCCUCAACUACUGCCAGAAGGAGUCCUGGUGCAAACUUGCCUUCUACCUGCUCUCCUUCUUCUAUUACCUGUACAGUAUGGUUUAUACGUUGGUGAGUUUCUAAGGGGGAAGCCGGCCAGGGAGCAAGCCCAGAAUGGACCGGACGCCUGUGCACCCCCAGCCCUGCCCCUCGGCCGCAGAGGCCUCAGCCCCGGGGAGGGAGGGGGCACUGGUGCCCUCAGCCUCCUCUCCACGCCCCCCCCCAAACUGCUGCUGCGGGGACCUCCCGCCUUCAGAGCCCCCUCCCCUUGGACUAGGGCUGGGCAGAGCUCUAAAUAGGGGCAGGGGCUCCUCUGCCAGCCUGUAGGCAUGGCAGUCAGUCUUGGAAGGGGUGGAACCUCCAGCCUUGUCCACUUCGGGGGGGGGGGGUGGCGGGGGGACACAGGCCCUGCCAAGGGGCAGGGCUUGACCCUGGAAGUUCUAGGCCACCCCCCUCCACCCCCACCCUGAGGCUCCCCCUGCAGGUGGGGGGGUACCCACACCGGGAAUGAGCAGGCUCAGCAGGGGGGCAGCCCCACCCCUAGUCUGCCCUCUCCCCUCCCCCAGGCUCUCUCUCCAGAUCUCCCCCUUCCCCGUUCCCACUUGCCCCAACCCCAGCCUGUCCUGUCUCUUGGACCUAUUUUCUAUGUUGCCUGGAGGAGUCCGGCACCCCCUCCCCGGCCAUUUGUGACAAAAUAUGAAUAAACUACUGCAAACA